GUCGAUGGUUUGUUACUUUUAUUGAUUGCAAUACUCGUUCUACUUGGAUUUAUUUAUUGCAUCAUUAGAGUGAGGUUUUUCAGUGCUUUUAGAAAUUUCAUUGCAUGGUUAAGACAGUUUGAUGCUAAAAUCAAGAUACUGCGAACUGGCAAUGGGAAGGAAUAUAUGGAUGGUUCCUUUCAGUCUUACUUGGUUAAUCAGGUGAUCAUUCAUCAAAUUAGUUGUGUGGAUACCUCGGCACAGAAUGGGGUGGCUGAACACAAAAAUCGCCAUCUCCUUGAGGUUGCUGGCUCCUUAAUGUUUGAGAUGCAAGUCCCUGCUCCCUAUUGGAGUGAGGCUGUCCUCACUGCUGCCUAUCUCAUCAAUCGGAUGCCUUCCCGAGUACUUGGCUUUAAGAGUCCUAUUGAGUUAUCUGGGUCUCGAACUUUUGUUGUUCCUCCCAAGGUCUUUGGCUGUGUUUGCUUUGUUCGUAAUCAUUAGGUUCCAGGCAAGCUUUAUCAUCGUGGACUUCGGUGUAUUUUUGUGGGCUAUUCUCACACUCAAAAGGGAUCCCGGUGCUAUCAUCCACCUUCUUGAUGGCUCUUUGUUUCCAUGGAUGUGUUAUUUUGUGAGACUGAGGCUUACUUUCCACCUCUUCAGGGGGAGUCCUCUGUUGGUAAAGAGGUGAUUCAGAUUCUUACGCUUGAUUGUCCUUUACACGUUUCCAUAGAUGAUGGUGCUAUUUAGAGGGAUACUAGGAUAAAAACUACUUCAACGGUUCCCAUUGAUGCAGAGGUUACUGUUCAGGGGGAGCUAUCAAUUCAAGAGCAGGAGGCUCCCAUUCAGGGGGAGCCACAGAUUCAGAAAAAAAACACAGGAUGGUCCAAUGAUAAAGGUAUAACCUUUCCCCUCACUUUUGAUCAGUCUCUUGAUGUUCCUAUUGCUCGUAGAAAAGGAGGCAAAUAUAGAACCUAAGUGGAAGGAGGCGAUGACUGAAGAGACGAGAGCUCUUCACAAGAAUAACACAUGGGAUCUGGUUGUUUUUCCCCUGCAAAAGCGACCAGUUGGCUGCAAAUGGGUGUUCACGGUCAAGUAUAAUGUUGAUGGGAUUGUGGAUCGAUACAAGGCAAGACUGGUGGCAAAGGGCUUUACCUAAACUUAUGGGAUUGACUAUCAGGAGACCUUUGCACCUGUAGAAAAAAUGAAUACAGUCCGAGUUAUCAUCUCCUGUGCAGUGAACCAAGGAUGGGAGCUACAACAACUGGAUGUCAAAAAUGCCUUUCUUCAGGAGAGUUGACUAAAGAAGUGUAUAUGGACAUUCCACAUGGAUACUCCAGUUCAGAAACAUAAGGCAAGGUGUGUAAAUUGAAAAGAGCUCUAUAUGGAUUGAAGCAAUCUCCUAGGGCAUGGUUUGGUCGGUUUCACAAGGCCAUGAUAGCUGUUGGCUUUACACAAAGUAAUGCUGAUCAUACACUAUUUAUUAGAAAAAUGGGUUAUCAGAUUACUGUGUUGAUAGUAUAUGUGGAUGAUAUUGCUGUUAUUGGUAAUGAUACAAAUGAAAUCUCUAAGCUCAAGGCAUAUCUUGGUAAGGAGUUUGAGAUCAAGGACCUAGAAAGACUAAAAUACUUUCUUGGCAUUGAGGUGGCAUAUUCAACCAAGGGUAUUGUUCUCUCACAAAGAAAAUAUACCUUGGACCUCCUCUCAGAGACUGGUAUGUUAGGGUGUAAACCCUUGGAUACUCCUAUUAAGGCUAACUCUCAUCUCAGAAGCAAAGAAGGGGAACCUGUUGAUAAGGGUCGGUAUCAAAGACUGGUUGGAAGACUCAUAUAUCUAUCUCAUACAAGACCAGACAUAGCUCAUGCAGUAAAUUUGGUGAGUCAGUACAUGCAUGAUCCCUAUUCAUCACAUAUGGUUGCUGUGAACUGGAUUCUUAGGUACUUGAAGACAGCACUAGGUAAUGGCAUUUUAUUCUCUCCUACAGAUCACAUGAGGAUUGAGGUAUACACUAAUGCUUAUUGGGCAGGCUCUCCAGACUAUCGUCGCUCUACUAUUGGCUAUUGUACAUUUGUUGGUGGUAACUUGGUCACGUGGUGCAGUAAGAAGCAGUCAGUUGUGGCUAGAUCAAGUGCAGAAGCUGAGUUCCGAGCUAUGGCACAUGGGAUUUGCGAGCUACUUUGGUUGUAGGGUCUCCUUCAUGACCUGGGUGUCAAUCCAGGUGCCGAUGUUACUAUAUUGUGAUAAUAAGUCAGCCAUCAGUAUUGCACACAACCCUGUUCAACAUGAUCGUACUACGUAUGUUGAGAUCGAUAGGCAUUUUAUCAAGGAGAAGUUAGAGCAAGGACUGAUCUGUAUUCCUUUUGUGUGAAGUGAAGAUCAGCUAGUAGAUAUUCUCACAAAUGGACUUAGUUGUAAAUCUUUUCAUUUUAUUUUGUUCAAGUUGGGUAUGCAUGAUAUCCAUGCACCAACUUGAGGGGGAGUGUUGAAUAAGUGUGUUAUUACACUAGAACUAGGACUUAGUUUACUUAGACUCAUGUAUGA